UCAUUUUUAAACGGUUGUGGAUGGCAGAAUUAAAAGUAUAUAAAAAAAAACUUUUAUGAUUUCGGUGCGCGCGACUUCGUUCUUUUCAAACGGGUUUAUAAGCGUUUGCCAUAGAGGCUGGCUGGCUUGGCUCCCUCACACAGUCGUUGGCGCUCGGUCUAGUAACAGCGACCUCUCUUGCAGCGGGUAUCGGGGGAGACCGACUUGAACUUCCCUCGCACGCGGUUCCUUUUAGAGUAGAUCCCACAUAUAUAUUUUUUCUAAAGUAAAUAGUUUCCCCAUCGUGUAAUUACGUGGUUUUAGUUAAAUAUUAAUUCUGCUGUUAUUUUCCGUUGUCUACGGUUGUUUGAGUCUCGUACUAAUUUUUUUUAAAGCGGUAUUCUGGUUUGGAAAAAGUUUCAAAUUUUGAAAGUCGUACCAUCCGUUAAUUCACUGAUAUCCGUAGCUUGAUCACGGUAACCUUGGUUAAUUUAUUUAUAAUUAAAAAGGACUAACUAUCUUGACAUACUUACGAACAAAAACAUAAAUUUACUCUUUGGGAAAAAAGUUUAGUGCUGUUAUUGAAAAGUGUGGCAAACCACGAGCACGAACGGAAGUGCGAAGCAUCAUUAUUUUGGCAAAUAUCGGUUUGACCAAUAUGCUUGACGCAGAAAAUGGAAAUCAAGGACCACUUCGUUGUGCCAAUGAGGACUUUAUCCUACAAUGCUUGAAAUAGAUUACUGGGAAGCCGCAUUGCUUUGAGGAAUAGUCGCAGAGGAAGGAGGCUGUUUAACGAUGUCAAGGAAGGACCAGGUUCUCUUGGGUUCCAUUGUUUGGAUGCUUCUGAUGAUGGCCCGGGCUGGAUGGUCCACCGAUUCCUCCUCCUCCUCCUCCUCCUCCUACCCCUCCUCCCCCCAAGAGCUGCUGAGGGAUGCCAUCUCCUUAGAUCACCCGUCCUCAGCCGAGCACCAGAGAGCCCUCCUGGAAGCGGAGAAGACCCGGUGCGAGACUGAAAUCAAGAAAGAGAGGGCUUCCCAGCACUCGACCCUGAGGAACUCCGCUGUUUCCUCCUCAGAAGCCGCCACCGCCAAGUCUGCCAUCGAACUUCGCGACGGAGGAACCUCAGAAAAUGUCAACGCGAGUCGUCGCACCAACAAGGAGAAAGUGGCCGCUGGGGGCGAGAACAUCGUCGUGUCUGAAGAUGCCAGUACCCUCUACUGCCCGACCUUUUUCGACAACGUUUACUGUUGGCCCCGAACGCCGGCGAACGUCAUGGUUUCCAUACCCUGUCCGUCAUACGUGAAAGGAUUUCAGACGUCUAACAACGCCACUCGUUUCUGCACGACGGAAGGCGUCUGGUUCCGGUUUUCAGGCUCCAACAAAUCCUGGACGAAUUAUUCCCAGUGCUCGAUGACCGUGGUCGUCAACCACAAGGUGAACAGCUCUCUUUUGACGUUCGCUCCCGUUGUGAGGACAGUGUCAUACGUAGGCUACAGCGUAUCUCUGGCAACACUCAUCAUCGCCUUUACCGUCCUCGCGUCAGUCAAGCGCCUGAGGUGCCCCAGGAACACGCUCCACAUGCACCUAUUCCUGUCCUUCAUCUGCCGUGCCAUCAGCGCCCUCCUCAGGGAUCCUACCGCCUUCCUUCCAGAACUCACUGCUCAGGAUUACGAGGAGGCCAGCGUCACCGGGACCUGGGCGUGUCGCCUCUUCACCGGAAUCUGGCAGUAUUCGAUCUUGUCCAACUACGCGUGGAUUCUGAUGGAAGGCCUCUACCUGCAUAACCUGAUUUUCCUGGCGCUCUUCACAGAUAACUCGGCCAUCACGCUGUAUAUCGUCCUUGGGUGGGGUCUGCCCUUCCUCCUGGUCAUAGGGUGGGUUACCGCUCGCAUCACCACAGACAACGCCCUCUGUUGGUUCACCAACGUCAACGCCUGGGUCUUCUGGACUUUCAUUCGGGGUCCCAUAUCCAUCUCCAUCGUGGUGAGUUUUGCCCUGUUCAUGAACAUCACAAGAGAACUCUUUUUGAAGCUUAGGUCUUCCACAACACCAGAAACCAGAAAGUACAGGUACAGACGGUGGGCCCGUUCUACUCUGGUCCUGGUGCCACUUUUCGGCGUUCACUACGCGGCCCUCCUAGGCUUCACCUUCUUCAUCGACAAAGACAGCACGAUCGAGAUGGUCUGGCUGUUGACCGACCAGUUCUUCGCUUCUUUUCAGGGAUUUUUCGUCGCCACUCUGUACUGCUUGCUGAACGCCGAGGUCAGGCUGGAACUGCGGAAGAUCUGGCAACACUGGCGCAUGACCCAAGAGCAGGAGAAGAGCACGAACUUCCAUUCGGCCUUCUCUCAGUCCAGAACUUACUUCAGUCGAGGAACGGCGUCCCCCGGGACCCUUCUGGUGGGGGGGAACAAGAAGAAGCCGGAGGGCGAUCAGAGGGCUGGAAGCGAUCCAAACUUCCUGUCGGGGACGUCGAAGACGAACGGCGGUCCACCUACCCACGCCAGCUGUCUGGUCAAUGAGAGGUCGAGCUGCGAUGACCUAAACAAGCAGUCUCUGACAGUGAGCCUUGCCGUUGUGGAACUACAGAGAGCCAACGGCCCUGAGGACGAAGACAAUCGACUCGCGACAGGAGACUCCACAUGGUGUAAGGCCGCCGACGACUCCACGAACCUGGGCGAUAUGGGGGAGCUGGGAUCGGCCCUCAUUCUACAACCGCUCUCCCACAAUGCCCACGACUUAGGCGAGCCUCACGGCACCUCCUGUAAGUCACUGAAGGCGAAGACGGGGGUUCCUUCGCUGCCACAAGCGAGCAACGCCCAGGAGGCGACUCUGGUCUCUGGUUGUGAUCGGCAGAAGGAAACUUCCUCCGAAGGGUCGCCACUUCUGUCGAGUUCGCCUGGACUGGCUGAGAGUACUUUCUAGAGAAAGGUUUGCAAUUCUGAGGCUUACCAGGGUUGCAACAGAAAUGCCAAGAGUACUAUAUAGUGAACGGGUUGCAAUUCUGAGGAGCCAGGGUUUCAUCCGAAAUACCGUGAGUACUUUCUAGAGAAAGGGUUGCAAUUCUGUGGAGCUAAGGUUGCAGUAGAAACGCUGAGAGUACUUUCUAGAGAAAGGGUUGCAAUUCUGAGACUUACCAGGGUUGCAGCCGAAGCGCUGAGAUACUUUCUUGAGAAAGGGUUGCAAUUCUGAGGCUUAGAGUUUUUGAUCGGUUGGCGGAACUGUAGCUUCAGAUGCUCUUUGAAUGAGUAAGUGUUUUUUUUUCUUUCUUUCUCUGUAAAUAAGAUUCAUGUAUGGUGCUUCUGUAAAUAUAUUGAAUGUGAUCUGAUUCUCCGGGCAACUGAAAAUGGGAUUUCUUACAUCAGAAUGAUGCAUAUUUCCUAACCACAUUGUUUUUACUAAAUUUUUAUCAUCUGCAAAUUCUUGGUAGAGAGAUAUUUACGUAGUCUAUGUGUGUGGAUGACAGAGAGAGAGAGAGAGAGAGAGAGAGAGAGAGAGAGAGAGAGAGAGAGAGAGAGAGAAUCUUUAAAAAGAAAAUAAUUGUGAUUUUACCUUGAAAACACAAAUCUUUCCAAACCUUUGAUGAUCAGUACAACUGCAGAUGAGAGAUUUCUACUUCCCCUUUCUACUUAGAUAUCCUAUUUGGAUAUCUGGGAUUUUUACUCAGUUUUUGAGAGGAUGAGUUCUCUUUCAAGUUUUGAUGAAGGGCGUUCGAGAGCAGCGAUCACAUAAGAACAAUAGAUGGGGAGCAGCCAUUUAAAACAAGCAUGACGGGAUAUGAAGCCAUCGUCCGCCAUCUUGGUUUAGGGUAGAAAUGCGUGCUUAUCAAACAUUCUGUGAUCUAACCUACUUUAGGGAUAAGAUAAAGUGUUCAAACUCGCCAUAAGUGGCAAACAAAAGUUAUAAACGCUAACAAUAACAUUCAAAGCAUUGACAACUAGUUCUUUGCAUUUUUUUUAUACUUAAAUGUUUAUAUAACUUGAAACAGCUACUCUGAGUAGAGACGUCACCAAAGCGACGAAGAUGUGACUAAAGAGUUAAAUCUUUUGAAUUGUAUUAGAAAAAGUAGCUUUUGUCGUUUGGUUAACUUAGCAGUUAAAGCGCCUCAGUGGCGUGGUCGGUUUGGUCUUGGCCUGCCACCGCGGUGAACGCGAGUUCGAUUCUCGCGCAUUCCAUUGAGGGGUCAGAGAUGUGUAUUUCUGGUGAUUAGAAGUUCACUCUCGACAUGGUUCGGAAGUCACGUAAAGCUGUUGGUCCCUUAAUAACAGGGGAGUUUGUUGUGCGUUGGCCAAAGGAAUGGUGCAUACUGUAGUAGGUAUUCUGCUUCAAUGUUACAUUUGCUCUUCUAACUUUUAUUAACCAAUCACAGUAGAUGUAUCGCAUGAAUUAUCAUAAAUAAAACCUUGAAACCAUUGGUGAAGUCUUCCGUUUAAAAUCAUAAAAUAAAACUAAAGGAGAAAACAAUGUUUGUCCAUCUUCUAGUGACCAUUGUAUGAACAAUUUCACAGCUCAGUGUCUCCAUCAUCCAAAUAAAACGAAAAUAUAAAUCACUGCUGCAUUAAUGAUAAUUUCGUUAUUUCAUUUUAAGAUAUACUAAACGACUAACAAAUGAAUAAUGUAAACUUCAAAAUACACUAAUUAAAUACACUUUUAAGUAAGAACAGCCGAUAUGAUUUAUUCAUGAUUUGAAUUAUCCUUUUUUUUUUUUUAAUUGAUAGUGGAAACUUUGAGUUUGGGAAUUGCACAAUACUCGCUAGAUUUAAGAAAAAAAAGGACGCAACCUGAUGUUCCAUAUUCGUGUCGAUUUCAUCUAUCGUGACGGAUUGUUUUUUUUAGAAAAGUAAUUUUUUUUGAAAAGUUUUUUUGGGGGGAUUUUUUUUUUUUGUAAGAAAAGUGUAGUAAAGUGUAGAAAGGGAAGCGAUGAUUCCAUUCCAAACUGUUACCUGACACAAAUUAUUAACUCUCAUAAAACAAAUGUAUGACAUAAGAUUGGGCUCAUUUGAAAAAAAACAAAUUGAGUUUAUAAAAUUAAAUAGUCAACUAUUUCAAAAGGAAUUUUAAACUAUUAAGUAAUAAAAAUCAUUUCUACAGAAUGCAGUGUAAGAUAAAUGGAAAAUAUAUGAAUCAUUACAAAACAUAAAACAUAGAGGAUUAAAUGAGGUUGACGUUAGAUUCUCGCUGGCCCAAAGAAGUUAUUGUCUUAUUAGGUUAUUCCUGACUUCCGCAUCAAGGCAGCCGCCAUCUUGGUUUAGUAGGUAGUGCCCACAGGCUGGCUUUAUUAAUGCAUCGUACCCCUAAUCUAUUGUUCUUAUGUGGUCGUUGCUCGAGAACCAAUGUACAACGCAGCUUUCUUGGUUUAUGAUACCUGUGAUUUCUCUAUAGAGAACUUUUUUUAUAUUUAUUUUAAGAUCGAUUUUACCAUGAUUUUUUUUUUUGUAAAACUGAAAGGUUGUAAUGACUUAUAUCGUUAUAUAUAAAGGAAUGAUUCGUGAUUGUUUGAAUUGUGGUACAUGCUCAGAUAAAACAA